UCUCCCUCGUCUCUCGUGUCUCUCGCAGUCUCCGGUCUGUUUCGCCCGUCUCUCGGGCACCUCGUUCUCCCUGGCUCUCCGGCUUCCCGUCGGAGAUGAAGCUGAGGUCGGCGCCCCGGGCUAGCUAGCUCCAGUGCUAGGCACCGGCCGGGGCACUGCACCGGACAGACCCAUCCGCGGACCGACUGACCAGGCGCCCAGGAGAGGAGCAGCCGCCGCAGCUUGUAGCCCAUCACCAUGGACCCCCCAUCCCUGGACGCAGCCAUCCAGCAUGCCCUGGCAGGCCUCUAUCCUCCUUUCGAGGCCACAGCGCCCACUGUCCUGGGGCAGGUGUUCCGUCUCCUGGAUUCAGACUUCGGGGGGGAUGGGCUGAGCUUCCUCCUGGAUUUCCUCAUCCCUGCCAAGCGCCUGUGUGAGCAAGUACGGGAAGCAGCCUGUGGACCUCUGGAAAACCCAGAGAAUACGGUCCAGCUCAAGCCUGGACCAAAACAAGAAUCCUCUGCCUACCUGUGUCCAGCCCCUCCUCCUCGUGCUGCUCCAGCCCUUGAAACCAAGUUGGGAAAGAGGGCCAAACAGAGAAAUGGGAGCUGUCCCCAGUCUGUGACUGACACCUCGUCUUCCAGAUCUCCAACUCCUGGGCUCAAAUUCUCAUUCUUGAAGGGGCAGAGGCAAAGCCCCGCACCCGCCGAGAAAGCCUUGCUCCAGCAUGACGGGCCCUGGAAGGUCUUGUUUUCAUUCUAUUCUCCAAAACCCAACCGAGCCAAGGGCUUGGGGAAAGCUGGAACAACUCAGACCAAAACAUCUGGCCCGGCUGCUGACUCAGGCCCACUGACUGGAGAAAAGGCUGGUUUCCCAGAAGCUUCUGCAGACCCCCCAGGAAGAGGCCCCACUCUGGAUGAGGGGCUGCCAAGGCCUGAGCCCAGGAUUGGGGCACUGAGUGUGGAGAUUGUCCACUCCAGGAUAGCGUGCCUGCCAGGUCCUGGGGAUGAUAGGGGCCGGUGGAGGUGGAAGGAAGAGAGCUGGGGGCUAGCAAGUAUUUUCAAGGCCAGGGCCAGGACCAGGGUCCCCUACUCACACUGCCUCUUCCUGCACGAGGGUUGGCCGCUGUGCCUGCGGGAUGAGGUUGUGGUCCAUCUAGCACCCCUCAAUCCCCUCGUGUUACGCCAGGGUGACUUCUACCUUCAAGUUGAGCCCCAGGAGGAGCAUUGGCCCUUCACCCUGAAAAGCCUGGUCUGCCCAGCAAGACUGCCAAUUCUGCUUAUUACCCACAGGCCAGAAGAUAAAACCAAGGGGCUGGCGGUUAUGAUUGAUGCCAGGAAGCAGCCUCCACACCCUUGUCUGGUCAGUGCCCUGCAGGCCACCCAGGCCCUGGACCCAGCCUCCAUUGGUGCCAUGCUCUUCCUGGGGGAGAAGGAGACGGCUCUCCCCCUGGAGACGUUACCUGAUAUCCAGGUGAGGCGGAGGCAGCGUUGGCAGAGGUGGAGAGGAGAUGUUGAGCUUUAUUUCUCUCAGCCUCUCCAGCUCAGACGCAGAGUUGAUUUGGGACUUUGCAAGGAAGAGCCUAGCAGCUCCCUUUACUUAGUGCCAUGUGCCACAAUCGUGAACGUGGACACCCCGCCCUCUGCCCUGCUUCAGGGAGUGAUUUCAAAGGCCUCCUUCUUCCUGUUGCUGCUGAUGCUGCUGGUCUGUGGACCACACUUUGAGUACCAGGGACAAAAGUCAGACCCUUUCCUUGCUGACCUCCGCCAGGCCUCCUGCCUGCUACAGGCUUCCAUCAAGGAGUUUGAGAAGGGUGACCCCCCUGGAGGGGCACAGGAGGCCUCCAGGUGUCUCAGCAAGUCCAAGUUGCUGAUGGAGGCGGUGCUGAGGGACCCAGGCCUGCUAGGCCUCCAACGCGAAGGUGGAGCCACCCUGGCCAGGCUGCAGCAGGAGGCCAGCAGGCUGGACUUCAACCCAGAUGUCAGGUACGGACACCCAGUGACUGAGGACAUGAAGACCUCAGCCUCCAAGGAAGUCAGGGAGCUGGCCAAGGGAUGUCUCCCCAGGAGCCCCUCAAGUCCUGACCUCCCUCCCCUGCCCCAGGUCAGCAGCUGGAUGGAGCAGGAAGGAAGCCGGUGCCUGCAAGCGCUGACCCCCAAGGAUGGAAGCUUGGAGACAGUGGAGAAAGCCCACGCCGAGUUUGAGGACUUCUUUCUUCAGGCUGCACCACCUCCGUCUCUUGUCUCCCAGAUGACCUGGUUCCACAUGGACUGUCAGGACCUGAUGACCCAGCUCCAGCUGGGCAAGGCGCAGAAGGCCAGCCCUGGGGACCAGCGCCGCCUCCACCGCUACCUGCAGCGCCUGGCCUCCGAGUUCCCUGCGGAGAAGCUCACGGCCAUGGGGCUGCAGGCGGCCUCCCUGAGCCGGGAAGGCCUGGGCCAGGACCUGUGGGGGGAGGCGCGGAUGAGACAUGGGGAGAUCCAGACCCUCCUGAAGAAGGCACUGGCCCACUGUCCGUGCCCUGCGGGCCCCGCUGCCCACGCGGCACACCCGGAACUGCAAGGGGCAGCCACCCAGGGCCAGGGUCUGAAUGGAGAAGUCACUUUCAAGGACAGGCGGGACCUGCCCCUCCAGGACACACUGGGCUUGAAUCCUUCGCCAAAAUCCCGUUGGCCUCCUCGGGCCCCCAGAAGGGGACAGAACAGACAUCUCCGGGCAGGCCCUCUGCCCCAGGAUGCUGGCCCAGCCAUAGAGGCUGAUGAAGGCCAGGGCCCCCAUGAGCCCCUUGAUUCUGCCCCUGAGCGUUUUCUUGCCGCCCUCUUCUCCUGGCACCGGCUCCCCAGGCAGAAUCGGACCCCCCACCCCAUGGGGGUCAGCUCCUCCUCCGAGGGGACAGACUCACAGACUUCUCUGGAGGACUCACCCCAGACAAGUCCCCCUGCUUCCCUCUAGCUGGGAGUCCCCACCACCGCACCAGGCUCCAGGGGGUGCUGGGGUGGGGCCCAGCUACAGAGAGACCGAGCCCAUCAGGCGGACGGACGUGGCACCUGAGCACUCGGUGUGUGCUUGGCCUGUGCUAAGGGGACAAGAACCACGCCUGGAAACUCUGGGAAGACCCAGCGCUCACACAGUGAGAAUAAAGAGUGGCGCUCAGGACAGGGAGCAGUGGAGCGUGGGGUUGGCUCCAUCACCCUGUGCGAAGACCCCCUCCAGAGGUCUCAGCCUUAGGCAGGCCACGUUCCCAGCUGGAGUUCAAGGGUACACAGCUUCCGCUUUGGGACACAAGGGGCAUCAUUGUCCUCAUACGGAACCACGGGUGGGAGAUUCGGGAGUGGCGUCCGGUCUCAGGGUCCUACGGAAACAAACCCCGAGACAAGGAUCCCAGCGCACACAUAUUUGACAGUGAUCCCAAGAACCACUGGGGGAGGAGCAGGGAGGUGAGUCUAGGACAGGAAUAAAGGGGAUGUUUUCAAGCAAAUCACCCCAUGCUAUGUAUUCAUUCACUGGCACCAUUGGCCGCGCGGGUAAAGAGAGUCGCCUGCUGGAGGCCAGUUAGUGUCCAGGGAAGGGGGAAGGGCGAGGGAAUGUCUUCUGUAUCUCUACUUUCACCUGGCAACUCCAACAAACACGGGCCAUCAUUCUCAAGUUCAAGGAACCCCGCAGUCCUAUUCUUGCACCCCAGAGAGAACCCUCAAUCUGUCUGUCUUCUCCCCUCCCCAUCACAUCUCCUCAGACUCUACCAUCCACUUCUCCCCUCCCAAGCCUCACCUCCCUUUAGGGACAGCCUCUGGUGCUCAGAGACACGGGUUCUGCUGGUGGUACGGGCCAGAUGAGAGUACGGAGCCAUGUCCUCUCCAACAGGUGGUUCAGGGGGUGGGGGUGGGGGCGGAAGGCUGGGGACAGUGGGCAGAGGCCUUUACAUCUCUGAGCUCAGAGUAUCAGGAAGACAGCGAGCCUUUCACCCUGCCCAGAGUAACCCCUGCUAGCACCAACCCUGCCUGUCAUUAUCCUGGGAGAGUGUGUGCCCUGUCUCUGCCUUAGGAUGCACUGCCAACAUGGCCUUGGCAGCCUAGCCCUGGAAUUUUCCCGUCUCCGGGAAAAGGGUGGGGCACAUGUCCUCCCACAGAUGAGGCCAUGGAGGGAGAGGGAGACAGGACUGGAGCAGGCCUAGGAAGACAAAUGGGACUUCUCAGGGGUCAUCUUCGCAGAGAGACACACACAAACCUCAAUGCCCAAAAUGACUUCCGGAAUCUUCCAAGGCUCCAGAUUUCAUCAAGUUCGGUCUGGGCCUGUCUGCCUCAGAACCAGUAGCAGAGCUGAUUUAAGGCAGCUUCCUAGGUGGGAGGACCCACCCCAGAUAAUUAAAAUCGGACCCUUGGGGCCAGCGAUGGCUGGAAUCUGCAUUUGUAACUAACUGCUCAGGUUUUUGCCAUGUGACACGGUAAGGUGGGGGCUGCUAUCUGGAAACACUUGGGGCUGGGGGCUGAGCUGGCCCUCCCCACCCCAAGUUAGCUCUGAUGCUUGCAUCCACUCUCCCGCCUUCCAUCCAGACAGGCCUGAAAAUGCAGGAGACCAUUUGAUCAGCCCAUCUCCAUCCACGCCUGUAGCCUCAGAGGGGGGCCUAAAGCUCUGAAAAUGCUGUUGCUAUAGCAACAGCAUCCAGCCAGUGGGGACCACAGGCAGGGAGGCAGGGUAC